GCCAUUUUCUCUCCUCAAAUUCAACUGUGAUUGGUCGGUUUCGUGCGACUUAAAGGCCUGCUACGUCCAUUGUAGAUCCGACCAUACAAGUGUCAGGGGACUCAAAAUGUCUCCUCUCGCCGAAUCACGCGUUAUCAGCGAGCGAUAGGUAUCGUGAGAAAAAUGCGGACUCAGCGUCUCGAUAAGGCGAGGAAACGACUCUUGUGCGCGGAGCACCAGCCGCUUAUCGCGCAGCGUUAAGGAUAUCUCGUCGCUUCGUAGACCUCGCGUUCUAACCUGUACGCGUCGCCGUCGCAAGAAGGUAGAGAGAUCUCUGUGACAAGUCAUGUCGUACGAACCCAGAGAGGCUUCGUAACGACAUCCACUUGAGCGAGGCUCAUGUCAACGAGCGGUAACUGAUCUUGUUUUGUACUGGCUUACGCGCGCCCUCGCGCAGAGAGAAGAUAUGGGCUCGAACGAGGCGAACAGACUGCCGAACGGCGACGUUCGGGUGCACAGAGACGUCGAUUGGGCCAGAUACGGUUUGCGCGAGCCGGAGGAGGCGCGGGAGAACGCAAAGGGCGACAGCGGGGACGGCGACAAUGCCCUCGGGCCGGAAAUGUACCAGGCCGGUGCGAACGAGCUGUUCGCCCAGGAAUACAGCUCAGAUCCUUGGUGGAAGUCAAACUUCUUCAUCUCCCAACCCGUGCUGUUUGGCACCUGGGACGGGGUCUUUACGUCUUGCCUUAUUAACAUAUUCGGUGUGAUCGUAUUUCUGAGAUCUGGCUGGAUAGUUGGUCAAGCGGGCGUUUUGAACGCAGUGCUGAUCAUCUUUUGUACAGUGUGUAUCGCAUUGGUGACAGUACUGUCGGCCGUUGGCAUAUGCGAACGGAGCAGAGUCGAAAGCGGCGGAGUGUACUUUUUGUUGUCGCACGUGCUGGGCUCCAGAUUCGGUGGCUCCAUCGGGCUGCUUUACUGCUUCGGGCAGGCGGUGGGUUGUGCUCUAAACGUUUUAGGUUUUGGGGAAUCGAUGGCCGGCCUCGUAGGCCUGGACUCGGCGUGGGCGCAACGCGGCUUCGCGUGCGCCGCCGUUGUGCUAUUGUCCGUAAUUAACGUGGCUGGCGUUAAGUGGGUUGUAAAAUUGCAAUUUAUUCUCCUUCUGAUCCUACUACUCGCCGGGGUUGACUUCAUGGUUGGAAGUUUCACUCAUACCAACAUCGAUUCUGGAUUUGAAGGCUGGCUGUCGGGAAACUUGAGAAACAACACCUUCCCCGAUUAUCAGGACGGCUAUAGCUGGUUCACCGUGUUCGGUGUAUUCUUUCCAACGGUCACCGGUGUCUUGGCUGGAAUUAAUAUGAGCGGGGAUUUGAGGCAUCCGUCUAGCGACAUUCCCAACGGCACGUUGGCGGCGUUAGGAACCGGAACGUUUUUGUAUCUGUGCUUUUCGUUGACUCUCGCGGCAACGUGCGUCAGAAACGCGUUGCUCACCAACUUUACAAUAGCGUCGACGGUAUCGGCGAUCUCGGUGUUGCUACUCGCUGGUCUUUACGUGUCGUCGUUCAGCAGCUGUUUGGGUGCCAUGUACGGCACGCCUCGUGUUCUCCAGUCUAUCGCCAGUCAAAAUGUCAUACCAGGAAUGAGCUGCUUGCAAAGAGGGAGAGGACCAAAUAAAGUACCUAUAUACGCUAUGCUGGUUGUUGCUGUGGUAACGCUGACUUUCAUCAUUACCGGGCAAAUUAAUACACUCGCUCCAAUCGUAACAAUGCCGUUCCUGUUAACAUACGCCUGCUUAGAUUACGCGUACUUCGCCCUCGCGCAAACGUUUGAUCUCCGGCAUACGCGCGAACAACGAUUCCGCACGCAGUCCCCAACAUUCGAUCGCAAUUACGGUUCCGCAAGCAGAAACAAUUCGAUAACCGACGUGGACAAUGAUUUGGACAGUCUGUUCCCCGAGAGAAUAAGGCACAAAAAUCUUAUGAGAAACAACAGUAUUUCCGACAAUAACGUGUAUGUGGAUUCGUCACCGAGCAUUGAGGACAAUGCUAGUGUUUCCAGUACACCGGAACGGAAGGUUCACAUACACAAUAAGUUAGGAAACUGGUACAGCCCUUUGUGCAAUAGAUGGUUUUCGUUAUUGGGCUGCCUUUUAAAAGUGCUUAUAAUGUUUCUCGUGCACUGGGGAUACGCACUCGCUAAUAUCGUCGUCGUAUUUCUCGUCUGGAGUUACGUCGGCCACGCUAACCCUGCUGUAAAACCUGGAAUUUCUGCGGAAUUCCAAUUCUUUAAAUGGUUUCGGAUUGCAUUACUUCGAAUUAUGGGGAGGAAAGUUUAUGAUUACGAGCAGAUAGUGGUGACUCCGGUUCAUCCGGGCGUUGAAACGUGUUCGGCUCAACUGAACGAAGAGAACGAGGAUUUUUCGGGAAGAAGAAGGUAUCACCAAACCGCAACAGUUACUGGUCAAUACGUUAAUGUCGAUUAAACGUAUGAAAUUGCGUGAUCUUUCCAGAAUUAUAAAUUGCGCGAGUUCAUAUACUAUUCCACUAACGACGCACGUUUUUUAAGAUAAGUUUUCAGUGGCGAGACCAGAGAUUAUAUACGAACAACAUAUAUAUACUAAUGGCUAAUAUUUAAUACAAUACUUGAAGACCUGAUAAGCAGCAGCUUUGCCAGCAAUGUUUAGGCAACUAUUGUUUCCACCUCGUUUACAACAUUGUCAUUCGCGCAAACAGCUAGUCUAAUUUAUUUAAUGUGUAUACGCAUUUCAAGUAAAGUGCAGCAUAAUUGCAGCUUUAAAAGCAUUUUAACAAUCAAUGAGAUAUGUGGAUCAUAUACAAAACUGAUUGUAUGAAACGUACAAAGAACUGAUGUAAUGGUAGUUUUAGAUUUUUGUAAGUAUUUACUUAUCGCGAUUGACGUACAGGCAAGCAGGGUAAUCUGCUACUAAAGGUAAAAUGAUUUUUAACUUUACGGAUAUCUGAGAGAAAAUUUUUCGUCUUUGUGAUCUCACGUCGAGGACGGCAAGACAUCCGAGUUCGUCGUGUCUCUGAUGUAUGAUUACAAUAUUGAGUUUUUACGUUCACGGAUAAUCAAGUGAUAUAUAACAUGUACGGCAAUCGCAUCGUGCAUAAAAAUACUCUGUAAAUACCUGACAAUAUAUUUAUCCACUAUUUAACACUUUUAUAAUUCUCGUACAAAUGCACGAACAAAUUUGUAACUGCAGAAAGGAAUAUAUAUAGAUAUGUAUGUAUGUGUGUGUGUAAAGGAGAGGUCUAAUAUAAUUGUCGAUUUUCUUUACGAAUCGUUUCGUUUCGAAAUCUGCCGAAACAAUUGUCAGCGAAAAUAAAUUAAUUUUUUUAUAUAGAAAAAUGACUAUCCUUUCAUAGUUGCAUCGAUGAAACGAUAGUAUUAAAUUUGAUCAAAGUGCACUGUCACAAAAUCAUUGUCAUUAUUGUAUGAGUUUGUUCUCAUCGAAAGGCUGUUGAGUGAUUAUUGUAACGCAUCAAGGAAAAGUCACAUGAUAUAUUAACGAUGAAAAGAAAAAUACAAGCAGUAUUCUUCCAUAAUUUUCAUGUAUACAUAUAUAUAUAUAACGAUAAUCCUACAUUAUAAAAAUUAUUUUACAGCAAUCAGAAUAUAUUUCUUCCUAUUGCGAA